GAAAUGGCUCGUCCUUCCAAUUGUAGUCCGCUUUCGUAUCUCUUCGCGAGACAAAUCGACGACAAAGUCGAUCACUGCAAACGUCUCGUUAAUACUAGAUUCGAAACCUCCAAAAAUUUGUUCAGGAAGGAUCUACUAUCACAUUAUGGAUGCGUUAAUGCGAUUGAAUUUUCGAAUCAAGGGGAUCUUCUUGUUUCCGGUGGCGAUGAUAGAAGAGUUUUAUUAUGGAAAGUGGAACAGGCAAUACAAGGUGUGGGUAAACCUGCAGUAAUGAAAGCUCAACACAUCAGCAACAUCUUUUCCCUUGGUUAUGACAGUAGUAAAACAAAAAUAUUUUCUGCUGGAAAUGAUGAUCAAGUUAUUGUUCAUGAUUUGCGAACGGGAGAUGUUGUGAAUUUCUUUUUGCAUGACAAACCUGUUUACGGAUUGUCAGUACAUCCACAUAAUGACAAUGUAUUUGCAAGUGCUUGUGAUGAUGGAAGAGUUUUAAUUUAUGACAUCCGUGGGUCCAGUGCUAUGGAAACUUUUUGUUUGGCACAGUAUUCAACUGCUUUUCACUGUGUAAUGUUUAAUCCAACAGAACCUAGGAUGCUUGCUACUGCCAAUGCCAAAGAGGGUAUUAGCAUGUGGGAUGUGAGAAAACCUUUGGAGCCUGUAUUACGUUAUGGAAAUGAAAAUUCAGUCCAGAGUUGUAUGAAUGUUAGAUUCAAUGCAGCAGGUAACAGAUUGUUAGCUUUGAGAAGAAGAUUGCCCCCUGUACUUUAUGCUGUAGGUUCUUCUACUCACUUAUGUCAAUUUGACCAUCCGGGAUAUUAUAAUAGUUGCACAAUGAAGUCAUGCUGUUUUGCUGGAGAUAAUGAUGAAUAUGUCCUUUCUGGUUCUGACGAUUUUAAUUUAUAUAUGUGGAAAAUUCCUCCUGAUGAUGUGAAGUGGGUAAAUUCUGCACACAUGAUAUUACGUGGCCAUAGAUCUAUUGUUAAUCAAGUACGAUACAAUCAAGCUAGUUGUAUUUUUGCUUCAUCUGGAGUGGAAAAACUUAUUAAGAUUUGGAGUCCAUUUCCUGUAGGAAGUAACUGCUUCGGUGGAUUAACGAGAAAUGAAGGAAGACAAGAGAUACGACGUAAAGUAUAUACACAUGAUGAAUAUAUUGGAUUAGUAUUACGUACUGGUCAAUUCAUGACACAUGAUUAUAGUCAUCAAUCAACAAGAGAAGAUUCAAGGAUGAUGGCGUUUUUUGAUUCAUUGGUACAACGUGAAGUUGAAGGCUGGAGCUCUGAAGAUAUGUCACCACUACCAAGUGAUCAUGAAAGCAGUCCUCUACCUAGAAUUAUUUGUAGUACAACAGAUUCAGACGAUACUACAUCAUCUGGUCAACAAUUGAUGUUAAAUAUUUUAGAAUCUGCAGUAAUAUUGGCGUCUGAUGAAUCCCCUGGAAAUGAAAUACCUACUGAAAGACCUUCGAAUCGCAUAACACGACUUAUAGCAUGUCGGAGAGAAAAAUUGAAGAGACUCGCAGCUGUAGAUUGUGGUGCACCGGCAAAUAAUGCUUCUGCUGCAGUAUUAGAACCAUCUGCAUCUGGUUCUGCUAGUGAUGGGGACAAUGCACAAGUUAAGUGUAGGUCUGAACCAAAAUCAAAAUUAGAAGGUGUAAAGAGAAAACAUGACAAAAUUUCUGAAAGAAGAAAUCGGGCUAGAAGAAAAUGUGCGGUGUUACAUAUUAAUAGUGACUCUGAUAGUGAUGAACAACCUGUUGACACAACUCAGCCUAGUACCAGUUCUGGUGUAGUUUCUAGAAGAUCACGAUAUGAUCUUUGUAAAGUUGUAAAUGCUAUUGAGAGUGAUGCAAAACAUUCAAAUUAUAGUAGUAGCAGUUCAGAGGAUAAUGAUGUUUCUAGUAAACGAAAACAUUCAAAAACUGAUUCUGAUACUUCAACAAAAGUUCACAGAAGAAAACAUAAGAAAUAUAAAAGUAGCUUAAAAAAUGAUACUGCUAAAAAUAAAAGUAAACGGCAAAAAAUUGAUUAUGAUACGAAGAAGAAAACACCGAACUGGAAGAUUUAUUUUAGUGGUGUUAAUGACACAAUAACAGUUAAAGAAGAUGGUCCAUCAACUCCAGUGAACAAAUCAAGCAAAGUUCCUUCCACUCCUGAUAGUGGUAUUACAUCAGGGGUAUCUACAUCUGAGAAGAAUAGUGAACCAGCACAGAAAGAUCAAAAUGAUGUAGAAAGUUCAGAUCAUGAGCAAAAACUAAAAAAUCUAGAGUACUUUAGAAAAAAAGUGGAUGUAGCAAGAAGGAGCUAUCGUAAUCGAUCUAACUACAAUUCAACUACAACUGAUUCUUCCGAUUAA